UAUUUACAACUUAACAACAAGUCCAAUCCUAUACACGUCAUACACAGAUUACAGAUCAAAUAUAGGUCCAAAAAAUCAUCACAUUGUCCAUGGGAAAUCAUUAUCAGAAUUACCAUUUUCCAAAAACUCGUUCCCAAUGGCUAUUGCUUAUGAACUAUGGUUUGAGCUGAAAGAAGAAGAAUGGGUUCCUGUAUUAUCAGAUUUAUACAGAACAAUCGCACCACAGGGAUACCUUCAUAUGUUUUUGAUGGAUUAUACAAUAAUCAAUUGUAAAAAUGAAUUAUACAAUGAAAUUUUCCACAAAAUACAAAAAGUUAUAAGGGAACAAGGUAUGGAUCCAUUCCCAUGUAAAAAGAUAUUGAGCAGAACAAGAGAAGCUGGCUUCACUAAUGUUAAAUAUUCAAUGAUUUCAAUUAAAAAGGGAAUUCCUAAUAAGAUGGGUAAUUUAAUGGAGUUUAUUCAAAGUUUCUUCGAAUUGUCCAUUUAUACAAAAUUUGUUCGCAAGUUCUUCUCAGAGGAAGAUAUACAAUUGUUUAAAGAAUUGAGAUUACAAUAUAACCAAGAUUUGAAAAAUGGGAAGUUGCUUGAUGACUUUGGUGAUACAUACUUUAUGUUUGUCACUGCAAAGAAAGAAUGAAGUGGAAUUUUAAUGAAAUAAGAUAAUGAAUUUGUGUUUUUUUUGUUUGCUUAAAUGUAAGGAA